UGCCCUCUUCUCUUCUCAAGGUUGCUUUUUGCUUCAGGAGAAAAUAAUGGCUUCUGUUGCAGUUGAUCUACAACCAAGUGUGGUGGUAAGGGUGGUCAGCCUGCCCUUGGUGAGUUCCACUUAUGAUCUGGUGUCCUCAGCCUAUAUCAGCACGAAGGAUCAGCACCCCUAACUGAAGUCUGUGUGUGAGAUGGCUGAGCAGGGUGUGAAGACCAUGACCUCAGUGGCCAUGAUCAGUGUUCUGCCCAUUAUGCAGAAGCUAGAGCCACAAAUUGCAGUUGCCAAUACUUAUGCCUGUACGGGGCUAGACAGGAUUGAGGAGAGACUGCCCAUUUUGAACCAGCCAACAACCCAGGUUGUCACCAGUGCCAAAGGUGCCAUGACCAGGGCAAGAGAUGCUGUGACAAAGACUGUGACUGGGGCGAAGAGUUCCGUGGCCAGCACAAUCACAGGGGUGAUGGACAAAACCAAGGGAGCAGUGACUGACAAUGUGGAGAAGACCAAGUCCAUGGUUAAUGGCGGCAUUAACACAGUUCUGGGGAGUCGGAUGAGGCAGUUUAUGUGCAGUGGAGUAGAAAAUGAACUUAGCAAAUCACAGAUGCUGGUAGACCAGUACCUUCCUCUCACGGAGGAAGAGCUAGAAAAAGAAGCAAAAAAAGUAGAAGGAUUUGAUGUGGUUCAGAAGCCAAGUUACUAUGUUAGACUGGGGUCCCUGUCCAGCAAGCUCUGCUCCCGGGCCUACCAGCAGGCAUUCAGAAGGGUUAAAGACACCAAGCAGAAAAGCCAAGAGACCAUUGCUCAGCUCCACUCUACUGUCCACCUGAUUGAAUAUGCCAGGAAGAAUGUGCAUAGCGCCAACCAGAAAAUUCAGGACGCACAGGAUAAGCUCUAUCUCUCAUGGGUGGAGUGGAAGAGAAGCAUUGGCCAUGAUGACACUGAUGAGUCCCACUGUGCUGAGCACAUCGAGUCACAUAUUCUUGUCAUUGCCCACAACCUGGCUCAGCAGCUGCAGACCACACGCCACACCCUGCUGUCCAGUGUCCAAGGGUUACCGCAGAACAUCCAGGAUCAGGCCAAGCACUUGGGGGUGAUGGCUGGUGACAUCUACUCCAUUUUCCACAAUGCUGCCUCCUUUACAGAAGUGUCUGACAACCUCCUAACUUCUAGCAAAGGGCAGCUGCAGAGAAUGAAGGAAUCUUUAGAUGAUGUGAUGGAUUAUCUUGUUAACAACACACCCCUCAGCUGGCUGGUAGGUCCCUUUUACCCUCAGCUGACUCAGUCUCAGAAUGCUCAGAACGAAGAUACAGAAUUAGACAGGACCAGCCAGAAUUCUGAGCAGAGAGCUCAUUAACCCUGUCCUUGUCACCAGUGCUCAAUGCAGCUAUCCAGCUGACACCUUUUGUUACAUGAGAGUUAACCUGAUAGCUGACUCCUAGGUGGGAAAUUAGAUAACUAGGAAAAGGGUCUUCGGUUGUGAUUCUUGCCAGAUGGAUUAAGAGCUUUAAACUUUCUGGCAUUAGCAGGUAAAUUCUGU